AUGCAAGCUGAUCGUAGACGACAAAAUAAUCCAGCAAGAAAUGACAUCAAAUAUCUGGGUAUAGAACUAACCGGAUAUGGUGAUAUUGAGACAGAGGUAAGGCAGCAAACAAUAAAAGCAGCAAGAGUAGCCGGAUGUCUGAAUGACACUGUAUGGAAAAACAAAUACAUAAGUAUUGAGGCCAAGUCAAGAGCCUACAAAACUGUAAUCAGACCCAUAAUGACGUACUCAGCAGAAACUCGGCCUGAUACAGCAAAAACAAAAAGGCUCCUGGAAACAAGUGAAAUGAAAGCCCUACGAAAAAUUACUGGAAAAACGCUCCUAGACAGGGAACGUAGCGACGAGAUAAGGCAAAAAUGCAGAAUGGAAAAUAUUAACGAAUGA